AAAUGACCACUUAUGCCCUCCACGCGACUACCCCUCAGGUAGUUCAACAAAAUUAUUAUAUCCACGGUCCUUCCCUAUCUUCGCCGUUCCCAGUCUCACUCUCGUUGCUUCUCUCUGUAUUGAUUUGCCGCCGAGAAGAAGAAAUUCACCGCAUAACCAACAGAGGCUCGAAAAUCCAGGUGGAAGUUGAACUCGGUGCUGGAGUAUGAUUCUAAGUGGAUGCUCUCUGACUUCUCGGGGCAUUCACGUGUCCUACAAAUACAGAGAAUGUGGCUCUAGGUCUCAAAACUUGGCAUCAUCAUGCACAUUGCACUUGCAGGCUAAGGCUGUAAUCUCAUGCAGUAGAAGUUCAUUGGUUCCACUCCCAAAUCUGAAAUGCCAAACAUCAUUAGAUAUCCAGCCUUACUCUCUUUCCGCUGCAUCAUCGCCAGUCUUGAAUGGGGAACAAGGUAGCUUGUUACGUACCAUACCCAAGUUGCCCCGUAGGCACAAGUUUCUUUCACCUGCCAGAGCAUCCCAGGAUGUCCCUUAUAGUUAUAGAUACCCUGCUAUGACUAAGAAGCCGAAAUGGUGGUGGAGAUCUUUGGCAUGCCUCCCUUAUUUGAUGCCUCUGCACGAGACAUGGAUGUAUGCUGAAACAGCAUAUCAUCUGCACCCUUUCUUGGAAGAUUUUGAGCUACUAACCUAUCCCUUUUUGGGAACUAUAGGGAGAUUGCCUAGCUGGUUUCUGAUGGCUUAUUUCUUUGUGGCUUACCUUGGAAUAGUGAGGAGAAAAGAAUGGCCUCAUUUCUUUAGAUUCCAUGUAGUUAUGGGCAUGCUAUUGGAGAUAGCUUUGCAGGUUAUUGGGACUGUGAGCCGUUGGAUGCCACUCGCUGUAUACUGGGGUAAGGUCGGGAUGCAUUUUUGGACUGCAGUCGCAUUUGCCUAUUUGUUCACAGUUUUGGAGUGUAUGAGGUGCGCUCUUGCAGGGAUGUAUGCUGAUAUUCCCUUUGUCUGUGAUGCUGCAUAUAUUCAAAUUCCUUAUAAUUAAGCAGUUCAUCAUGGGGUUUACAGACUAUAAGCAUUUGCUUUUCUUUCUUUAUGUUUACUCUUUGCUUCCAAUCCUGUACCAGAACUUGCUGAAUUUAUGGUCCUGUGUGCUUUUAUAGUUUAUAAACCGUGUUUGUCUUUUCUAUAAUUUGAACUUAUUUUGUUACUA